AAUGUCAUAUUAGGACAGUUCAACCAAAAUUUUUUUCUUGUUCUCUAAUUCAAAUAAAAUAUGAAUUUUAUAUAUCCAAUAAUUUGUUAUUUAUUUCUUAUGUUAACUAAUAAAAUUUAUGCUGGAGUAAUGCAUAGUCAUACUAAUGAAGUAAAUAAGGAAAGGGAAACAGACGGAGCUUACAGCCCAAGAGACCAUAGUCAUUAUUCAGAUGAAGGAGAUCAUUAUACAGAAUUUGAUCAUGAAGCUAUAUUAGGUAGUCACAAAGAAGCUGAAGAAUUUGAUCAUUUAUCCCCGGAAGAAUCGAAAAGACGAUUAGCCAUUCUUCUUAAGAAAAUGGAUCUUGAUGAUGAUAAUCAAAUUGGUAGAAACGAAUUGAAAGCUUGGAUUAUACGCUCUUUUAAAAUGCUUUCAGAGGAAGAAGCCAAAGAUAGGAUGGAAGACGCAGAUGAAAAUAACGAUGGUAUAGUCACUUGGCAAGAAUAUUUAGCUGAUACAUAUGGGAUAGACAGUUCCGAAAAUACUAUUGAUAUUGGGAGUGAAAAUGAACAUUUGAUUCAAGAUGAUAAAAAUAUGUGGAAAGCAGCAGAUAUCAAUAAUGACGGUGUUCUUGAUGCUAAUGAAUGGGUAUCAUUUUCUCACCCAGAAGAACAUCCCAACAUGCUACCUAUAAUUUUAGAACAAACUUUGAAGGACAAAGAUAAGGAUGAAGAUGGUGCAAUCAACUUCCAAGAAUAUAUAGGAACAAGAGGAAAUGAUAUUAGUAAAGAUGAUUUAAUUGCAGAAAAAGCUAAAUUUGAUGAUUUGUUGGAUAAGAAUAAAGAUGGAAAGUUAGAAGGAAAUGAAAUAUUAUCUUGGAUAGUACCUAGUAAUGAAUGAGAGGGAAUAAUGCAUUUCCUACUAACUACAACCCUUCCCCCAUUUUAUCCCCCUUUGAAACCACUUUGGUGGAAUUGAAUAUGCCUGAUUGUUAGCUACUUUAUAAAAAUCUUUUAUUUUUUUUUCUCCCAGUACAUCAAGGAGGCUAUCAUGCUUUCCAUUUUGUAUCAUUUAAUAUCUUUGAUGUGUUUCUUCCCAUUGUACUCAUAUUAGCAGGGUUUGUUCUACAUCUUCUUGUUCUUCCUAGUUUAUAGCCUCACAUAGCUGAAAAGGUUUUUAAAGCGCUCAAAGCCUGGGUUAUAAUGUUGUCGCCUGGAUGUCCACAUUUGUAUAUUUGUGUGUCCAUCUACCAUAUUUUCAAUUUGUCCAUUUUCUUCGCACCACUUAUGCAUUAAUUUAAUUAUCAAUUACCCCAUGUCUCUCUCUAUGACAAUCUUCUUUGUUUUUUGUUUUUUCUGUUUUCUUUUGUUUGUACACUAGAAAAUUUGUUUUAACAGUAGAUCUAUCCACUCUUCUGUACUUCUUAUUCCUUUCUACAAAUUGUCUGUAGAAUGAAAUUUUGUUGUUUUCUUAUUUAUUUAUUUAGAGUAAACAUAAAAAUUUAUUGGUUAUUUGUAUUUUUAAAGUGAAAUAGCUCAAGAAGAAGUAGACCAUUUAUUUGCUCACAGUGAUGACAAUCACGAUGAUAUACUGAGCUUUGAGGAAAUCCUUGAUCAUCAUGACACAUUUGUUGGUAGUGAAGCAACGGAUUAUGGUGAUCAUUUACAUAAUAUUCAUCAUUUUGAUGAUGAAUUGUGAUGGAAUUGACUCGCAUUAUAAUUUUGUAAUUUUAAAUUAUUUAUUUUGUUUUUUUAUAUCAAAUUUGAUUGAAAUAUUUACCAACGUUAUUACCAAAGUAGGUUUUUUAGCAAAUUAUGACAUCUAAAUUUUAAUUCAUCCCAAAAAAAUCUCUAAUUUUAAUUUACCUAUAUAUUAACGGCUGCAUCGAUACCUAACUAAUUUUUAUUGAUCUCCAUUUUUUUUUAUAUUUAUUGUUAUGUAUAUGACACCAAAUAGACGACGAACUAACUUCUGGUGCUGCUUGAGUUGGUCUUGGAUCUGGAUAUUGUUAUCCUCUUCGUCUAUGCUCUGAGCAUGAAAUAGCACUGGAGACGUAGGUCUAAUAGUCGCCACCAAAAGGAAAGUAUUUUUCUCAAGGAAAACGAGUUUUUCUUUGACUUUUUCAAAUAAUGCCUCUAACAAUUUUUCCUAGAGUAGUCGAUGGCGUUGAUUGAUUAAUAACUUGACAAAGUAAAUUAGAAACAGGAAGUGAUAAGCUAGAUGUCUCUUCGAGAAGAGUAGUCAGGUCUCUAAUGACUUUAAACUGAGAAGUUAGUUUGGUUUUUAGUGGCUAAAAUUUAAAUACAAUUCUCAACAAUUUAACAAACAGUUUCAGCAUAUCCAAGCACGGUUUCCAUCUAGUUCUGACUGCUUGGGUUAAUGUAAAAAUUUUGCUUUGCGAAAAAUACCAAGUGGGUGGCAUCUAUUGAUUUUCUUUCUUCAAUAGAGUUCAAUACAAAUGUACUGCUUGUCAAAAUCUCAUUCUACACACACGUGCGCGUGAGAAAACUUGACCCUCUAAGCAUCCACCCUCAAAUAGAUACACAGAUGUGUAUGAAGAAGGACAUUCUACCAAUCCUCUGUCACUUCAAUAGGUCCUCAUCAUUCUAUGGGAGAUUCUGUGAAGUUUUAUCUUUUUGUUAAGAGUUAGCCUGUUGGCUAUGCAUUCUUGUCUUUUUGUUCUCAUUCUAGUGGCCAAUAAAACUCUUUUUUACUUUCACGGCCGGAUAGUGAGGCAACGCUGUACAUCUGGGUUACUUUAUGCUUAUGUUUGUCAAUGAUUUGGGUCUCAAUAUUAAGAGAACAAUGAGGAUUUGUACGUUUUGAUUAGUAAAAUUAUUUAUUGUGCCAUGAUUAGAUUUAAUUUGUAAUUUCAUGUAUAUAUGUAUCUCAACUUUAUUAUAGUUUACCUACAAUAUAAUAAAAAAUGUUAAUUUUGA